CAGACUAUAAAGUAGAGAUCGACUUUGUGCAAACUCUUUUCACCUCCUCUUCAUCCCGCACGCCCCUCUUCGAAAGAAAAGAAGAUGUCAUUCACACCUCGAACCUCUUCAUCCUCAUCCUCUAUCCUCCUCCAAUGUCUUUCGAGACCGGGUCCAUCACGCCUGGCCGCGUCGCGCAGACGAGCUUGUCCAUCGUGUCGCCGAGCCGCGUCCACCUCGGUCGAUAGCGAACCCAUCACACCGGGAAGUCCCGAGUCAGAAGCAGCCCUUUUGGGUGGUACUCCUGCAUCUACCAAGUCGGUGGAAGAGCUCGCGACCGAUGCUCUUGCUGGAGAAGGUCGACCGCGCGGGUUCGGGGGGAACAGGAACGACGACUCUCGGAACGCUCGAGUCAAACCCGAUGCACCGGGCUACCAGAACUGGCUGAAGUCGGUCGCUACCCUGUACCGAGAACCGCCUGCCAACGGUCCCAACUGGUUGGGCAAGGAAAUCCCCUACCCUUCCAACCCUUCUUUCCGACCACCAUCACCUCUGAGUAACGAUCUCAAAGACCUCAUCUAUUCGGAAGUGUACACCGGAGGCUCUUCUUCAUCAGCAGUCCUUUCCACUCUCGAAUCCCUGAAGUCCACAUCAUCGUCUUCGACCGCCGACGCUUCGUUGGAGUUGCAAAAGCGGAUCAACCGAGUCAGCGAAGAGUUUGGAAUCAGCAAGAAACGAAUCGAGGCCGUCCUCAAGCUGAAGGAACAUGAACGUGGGAUGAAGGAACGUGGCGAGAUCAUGCAAACACCCUUCCUCACCGCCAUGGAAAAGUACCUCGCUGUUCGCCCAAUCCGACCCCCGAAAACGCCUUCGAGCACCCGAUCGUGGGGUUGGGAAUCACAGGAACGAGCUUUCCGACGCAGUCACCCUUCGACCUCGCUUGAAGCUUCCGAGGAGUCGGCGCACGAAGCCUUUGCGCAGGGUAAAACCGUCGGCCAGGAUUCGAGCGCCUUCACCCUCAGAGACACGAUCGAGGCCGAACGUGGUGUCGAGCGAGCCGUCUGGGAAUUCAGGGAGACGAACAAGCCGAUGGAAGAAAAUCAACCUGUCGACGUCGAAACUCUGGACGUACCUUACAACCGAAUCUUCUCCGCCGAGGACUCGGUUCAGCAACAGUCUAUCAAGGAGGCCGGACGUGCAGAGCGCAACGCUAGUCGGCGCAAGACUCCCGCCGUCGGCCAGGACAACAUCGCUUCGAAGCUUGUUGAGCGUGUGGCCCUGCCGAAGAAGAAUAGCAAGCCUGCCGUCUUCAGCUUUGUCAACACGUCCGACUCGGGAGCCAUUGGUAUGAGCUCGGUGGGAAGGGGCAAGAUGCAGAACGAGCACGGGCAGAGGGAGAAGAAGGCUCGUCGGUCCGAGAGGGUACAGAAGGCCAAGGCUGAGAUGGCCCAGAGGCAAGCCGCCAAGCAGGUCUAGUAGAAUAAAUGAAUGGUUUAUGACGAGUCACGAAAGCGGAAAAGACGAAAACGAUCACCACUUGUAGUAGCCCGCAACGGCAAAGCGAUCGAGCGAGAUAUAAUAUGAUACCUCCAUCGAAUCGUA